AUAGAUCAACCACUCUACCUUUUGAAACUGUCAUCAGCCAUCAACAAAACCAAAGAAUAUUUCAGAAAUGCCAAAUUCCAAAAACCAAAACACUCAUUCAACUCCAACCUCCCAUAAUCUUUCCUCCGAGAAGAAGAAGAAGAAGAAGCAGUCAUGGCGGCCACAUUUUGGUCAGCCGCCAUGAAUGUCUGCUCUCUCCACUUCAUUCUCAUAUUUAUUAUUAUUAUUGUUUCUCCAUUAUCUCUUUCUCAAUCCAUUUCCCCUCAAAACAUCCAAACUUUCUAUCCUUUUUUCUUGCCGCCUCUCCAGCCCCCGCGCAUUCCGACCCGGCGGCGAGUUUUUCAGCCACCUCCUCCUCCGCCUCCGCCCCCGGACGCGGAGGCGUUACCACCGCCGCCGCCGUUGUUGCUCCCGCAGCCGCCGUCGACUCCGUCGAGAAAGGCUGUCGGAACUGCCAUUGGAGUAACCGCGGCGAGUACGGUGGUCCUGUCGGCCCUGUUCUUCUUCUUGGUUCUUUGGUACUUGAGGAGUAGGAGGGAGAAAGGCGGCGGUGGCGCGAUUUCCGCAGCUGCCGUCGCCGCCGCCGCCGACGGCGGCGGCGGCGAAAGUAAUGAAAAUAAGCCCGCCGGAACUGGAGACGAGUUUUUGAGGUUUGAAGGGAAUCUUAAGGCGGUGAUCGUGGAUGAAGAUGGAUUGGAUGUGCUGUACUGGAGAAAACUGGAAGGCGGCGAAGGGAAAGAGAGUUUCGACCGGCAACUUUUUAGCAAUAUAGAGAGUGAUCGGAAAGAUGACGAUAAAAGGAUGAUUGCCAGAGGCGGUGGCCGGAAAAAACCCGGACCGCCGGUUCAAGAAAUCCCUCUGCUUAGAGGCAAGUCUUCAACCUCUCAGCACCCGGUUUGGGCAGAAGCAGAAAAUCAAGAAACGGAUUCAAUCCCUCCGCCGCCGUUGUCUGUUCAAGCAAUCCCAAAGACUCCAUCUCCGCCGCCUUCUCCGCCUAAACCAGAUACCUUAGCGUCAUCGUCAUCAUCAGAACAUGGCGUUUCAGGAAAUGAAGAAGAAGAAGAAGAGAAACUGAAUCCAUUGCAUUUGGAUAAUGUCGAUCAUUCUUCCAUGGACUGGAACAAAAUUCAAGAUGGCUCCUACAAGUUUGAUGGAGAUCUUAUGGAAGCCCUAUUUGGAACCGUUGCAACCAACAGAAAAUCUCCUCGUACAGACAGCACUUCAGCAAGCACACCAAGAGAAAUUGCAGGCCCACCCUCCCAGAUUUUCAUCCUGGAAACCAAAAAAUCUCAAGAAUUCGCAGCGGUGAUCAAAUCUCUGGACGCCACAAGGAAAGAGAUCAUGAAUGUACUCGACAAAGGAGUCGGCCUGGACACAAAAACCCUGGAAAAACUCAGCAGAUUAGCCAUAACCGAAGCAGAAGAAUCAGACAUCCUAGGAUUCGAAGGCCCCCCGACAAGAUUAGCCGAUGCAGAAUCCUUCUUGUUCUUCAUCCUUAAACCAUUCCCUUCCGCCUUCCAUCGCUUCAACGCGAUGUUUCUCAGAUCGAGAUUUGGCUCGGAGAUUAUUCACGUGAAAGCGGAUUUGCAGACGCUUGAAUCCGCCUGCAACGAGCUGAGGAACAGCAGGCUGUUUGUGAAGCUUCUGGAAGCCAUUUUGAAAGCCUGGAAUCGGAUGAAUGUUGAAGGGAGUUCGAGAGGAAACGGCCAUGGCUUCAAGCUUUCUGCUCUCAGAAAACUCGUCGGCGUGAAGAGCGGUGACGGAAAGAUCACAGUUCUUCAAUUCGUCGUUCAAGAACUCAUCAGAGCAGAGGGAAAACGCUGCGUUUACACUCGCGAUAGCAGGAUAAUCAGCAACGUUGCAGGCGGCGGCGAUGAUGACAGAGAGAAGGAAUACAUGACGCUUGGUUUACCGGUCGUCGGCGGCCUGAGCUCGGAGUUAUCCGGCGUGAAGAAAGCCGCGGGAAUAGACUACGAUUCGCUCUCCGCCGCGCAUUCGGCGCUGUCAUCUAAAGCGUCUGAGAUCGGCAACCUUGCGGCCCAGUGCGGGGACGACGGCGGAGGAUUCGCGGCGGGGAUGCGGCGGUUUCUGGGCGCGGCGGAGGAAGAAAUGGAAGCGAUAAGGGAAGAGGAAGCGAGAGUGAUGGAGAUGGUGAAGAAGACGACGGAAUAUUACCAACGAGGAUCUUCAAACGACAGGACAUGGCGGCCAUUGCAAGUGUUUAUCAUAGUAAAGGAUUUCCUGGGAAUGAUCGAUGAAGCUUGCGUUGAAAUCGCCAGAAAUCUGCAGAGAAAGAGACCGGCAGGAUCAUCAUCAUCGUCAUCGUUACCUAGUAGAACUGUGAGGUUCCCAAAAUUACCGGCUGAUUUCUUGUCGGAAGAGGGAGACAGCAGUUCAGAUUCGUAAAUAUGUUCAUACAUACACAGAUACCAUUACCAUACCCCUCUGUUCAUCGUUGCAAUUGUGAAAUUCUUUUCCACAUGA